UAAAAAUAAUUUAAUAAUACGGCUAUUCCCAUUCUAUUUCGAUCCUUCCCGCCACACUCUACUUCAUCGUCCACAGCUCUCACUCUCCACCGCCGCUCCUACCGCCAGUGAAACGCUAGUGCCUAGCGUCACCGAUCAGGAGCUACUUCUCAGAGUUAUGCAUGGAAUAUUGACGAGAGUCAGGAAGAAGAGAGCCUGGAUGGGUGAAAUUUGACGCUAAAAUGUGCUGAGGUUCACUUGUGGCUUAGUCAAGAUAUAUAUUCUCCAUAAUGGGAUUUCAAAGUCAAGUAGAGAAAGCUAAACAUCUCAUCAGGAGCAGGCUCUGUAACCCUAAUUUCAUCAUCAAGCCUCUCUCUGAUUCUCCAGACAGCAAUUAUAGCAAGUUGAAGUUUACAAUAUCAAGCUCAAUCACAGAGGCAUGCAACAAUUCAAUUCUGCUUGUUGGCCCCCGUGGUUCUGGAAAAAUUGCAGUAUUGGAGCUUGUUCUCAAUGAUUUGCUGCAGGAAUAUCCAGAUACGAUAUCCUUAAUAAGAUUGAAUGGGCUGUUGCAUAGUGAUGAAAAUUGCGCCUUUAAGGAAAUUGCCAAACAGCUAUGCUUGGAGCAUAACUUGCUGUUUUCAAAAAUGGCAUCAUUUGAUGAUAACUCCCAGUUCAUGAUAGCUAUGUUACGAGAGUGUGGAUUAGCACAUAAAACAAUUAUUUUCACACUAGAUGAGUUUGACCAAUUUGCACAGGGAAAACAGCGAUUACUUUAUAGCUUGCUGGAUGCAAUGAAUACAGUAACUUCCCAAGCUGUUGUCAUUGGCGUGAGUUGCCGAUUGGAUGUUGAUCAGCUUUUGGAGAAAAGAAUAAGGUCUCGUUUUUCACAUAGAAAGUUAUUGUUUCUUCCUCCAUCUAAGGAAGAUGUGCAAAGGUUGCUGGAGCAUGUGUUAUCUUUGCCAAUGGACUCAAGUUUUCCUCACGAUUAUGCUGCUCAAUUCAAUGGAAAGCUUCAAAAUCUUUUGGCAGACGACAGAUUUAAAGAAAUUAUUAGUAGUUAUUUAAAUUCCAAUUCUACCAUCAACCAUUUGGUGAGGUUUCUGUUUAUUGUUGUCUCUUUCUGGGAAUCAAAGUCUGGCUUCCUGUCUCUUGAGAACUUCAAAAGUGCACUUUCAAGCAUCCUAAGGCAGCCAAAGCAGGAAUGCAUAAAAGACUGCUCAAUAUUAGAACUUUAUGUCCUUGUGUGCAUGAAGCGGUUGGAAGUUAAAGAGCAGAACUCGUAUAACUUCAAUUCUGUAAUGAAAGAGUACAAAAGCGUUCAGGAUUCAUUCCAGACGUCUGACUAUUAUGCACGUAAUGUAUGCUUACGGUCAUUCGAACGGCUCAUACAACGAGAAUUAAUUUGUUUCACGGACAACAGAGCUCAAGGUCAAUCUGUUGAAUUUCGUCCAGUGAAGCUUCUAGUCUCAUAUGCUGAACUACAAGAGGGGCUGAAAUCAUAUCGUUCUUGUCCUAUUAUUCUUCAAAAAUUAAUGGAACAUUAGAAUCAGAAGGGCGUCAUCAGACAACAUCAAUGGUUGAUUAGCUUCAAGUAUAGAUGUCCAGAGAAUUGCGGAAUCUGCGAAUUCAUCUCUGCUGACUCACUUAGGAUCACCGAACCGAUCCUUUCUGCAGCCACUGCUGGCGGUAACCCAGUUUUAUAGUCAAUGUUCACCUUACAUAAUUGUCAUUUGUUAUCUUCUCAUUGUGUCUAGCGAUUGCUAUUGACCAUUCAAGGACAACGAAUUUCUUUGGUGAAAAAAGAAAAAGCUAUUUUAUUAUUUUA